ACAACUGCAGAACAUGAACCUCAGGGAUUGUUCAACCCAGUCCUACUAAUCAACCACAAAAUCUAAAGAAAAGUGAAGAAAAUGAUCAUAAAGAGGUCAUUGAACGCAACUGGACAGGAGCGCUACAGACAGCCCACUGUUACCUGAAGAAGAAAACACCAAGGAAAAUCUGCUCCUGCAAACCAGAAAGACAACAGUGCAUUGCUCUUGUCUCAAAUCUGACUCCUGCUGCUGUCUCUCUUUUCUUCUGCCACGGAAAUGUGGCUGGAUCUGUUGAUUUUAAGAUUCAACAGAUUGGAGACCAACCGAACCUUGCAACAGUCUUCAGAAAAGUGAUUCCAAAAAUGGGCUUCCAUAGUUGCAGCACGGUUUUUUCAGGCUGGGAUUUUAUUUUGAAAGUGGUAUUACGGAAGUUGCUUAACGACACGCCGAGGAGGAGAAGACAACAAGCAACAACCAGAAACCUCAGCAUCCCUCCGUGUGUCCCAGUCACUAACCCGCCACACUGGCUAAAGAAUGCUUCUUUAAUCCGACGUUAAUCUGUGUCUCUGAACGCACCGUGUUGGUCGAUGUGGAUUUAAUUCACUUUCCAUUCAGCCCGACUUGAAAAUGACGAGUUACGGGGGGUUUCACUCCCAGCUCACGUCCAUCAUGGAGGCGCUUGCCAAAGCGGCCGUGGCGGAGAUCUGCGAGCUGGUGGAGGAGGGCUACGCCGUCCUGCAGCUGGAGAUCAGCCGGAACCGAGAGGAGAACGACGCGCUGAGGAGGAAGCUGGGGCUGAUCGAGACCAUCAUCUCUCGGGGACACCGGGGGGACGCGACCACCGGCGGGGGGCUGAUGGAGUUCAGUAAAGAUUAUGCCCUAACAGCUGGAGUGGUGUCCAGACUGCCGAUAGCAAAUAUCAAAAGAAGCGGACGGGCCCCCGUGUCGGAGGCGACGAUAGAGCUGAGUCCUGCAACCUGCAAAGAGGAUUCUUCUGCAGCGGCUCCUGCAGAGGAGCCGAGAGAUCAGGACGUCAUUUUGAUAAAGGAAGAGACGACGAAAGAGGAGGUGAGCGACGACGACACAGACGAGCUGCUUCUCACAGACGACGGAGCCGAGGGGCAGCUGAUGGGAUCAGACGGCGGUGAAGAAGGCGCCUCAGGGAGGAUGAUCUCAGUCGCAGAAACGAGGCCGUGGGAUCUGAACAGUGACAGGCUGACAGAAUCCAACAGUGCACCGGGGUCUCCAGGUCCUGCAGGGGGCGCUGAGAGCAGCUCCUCAGGGGUCGUGUUAGACUUGGCCUCAGAGUCUGACUGUGAAGCUCCGCCCACAGCCCAGUCGAGGAGGCAGUUCUUCCCUGGAGCGGGGGGAAGUCCCGCCUCCCUGCCGGGGAUGUCCGAGCUGAGUCGGGGAGCGUCUCUGAUCAACUACGACAUGGAGCUGGACCUGUGCUCCUCCUGGACCAGUCAAAGCCUGCCCAGCAUGAUGCCUGUCCCUCAUAGGCCCACGCUCCAUGACAAGGUGCCGGACCUGAACGCCGCAGCUUUCCCCAUGGUGCUCGGUCUCGGCGGAUCCAGACUGGACCCUCUAGACUUGAACAGGUUCUGCAGAGACCGGCGCUUCGUCUGCAGCUACUGCGGGAAAUUCUUCACGUCGUCGCGGAGCCUGGAGACGCACGUUCGCGUCCACACGGGCGAGCGGCCGUACAGCUGCGCUCAGUGCGGGAAGCGCUUCACGCAGUCGGGACACCUGAAGACGCAUCAGAGCGUCCACACGGGGGAGCGGCCGUUCGCCUGCGAGCUCUGUGGGAAACGAUUUGCCGGGAAGCAGAACCUGAGGAUCCAUCAGCAGAAACACCACCAGGGGGAGCUUCCUGUUUAUUAUAAGAGCUUUGGGACGAUCCUUAUCAUGGCGGGUCGAGAACUACUUCUGGUUGGGCCGAGGAGCGAGGAGACGAGGAGCGAGGAGACGAGGAGCGAGGAGACAGCGUUUAAGAGAACUGAGAUGCAGGCUCACCGGCACACCGAGCGUCUCAGACCUAAAGGGGGGUGGUUUGAGUCCGGUCGGGUCGAGAUGUCCGUUCUUACCGUCAGAGCUCUGCACGAGCAGCUCGGCGUCAUCAUGGGCGCGUUGACCAAAGCGGCGGUGCUGGAGAUCUGCGGGCUGGUGGAGGACGGCUACGCGGUGCUGCAGAUGGAGAUCAGCCGCAGCCACAAGGAGAACGAGGACCUGAGGAAGAAGCUGCACCUCAUCGAGUCCAUAGUGGUCCGCGGGAGCAGCGGGGGGAAGACGGCGGAACCGGAGGGAGCUCCCACCGAGGAGGCGGAAACACCUACCGCUCCCGGGGGAGACGCGGCAGGAGCGGCAGGAGCGGCAGGAGCGGCAGGAGCGCUGCGGGAGGAGCUUCCAGAUGUGGUGCUGAUCAAAGAUGAAGACUCUGACAGCAGCGAAACGUUCGAGGAAGAUUACAGGACACCGUCUGAUGGAGGGAUGUCUGCAAACAGAGACGCCGUCACGUCCUCUCCCGCCGGCCGGAGCUUGAAGAGAGUCUGGCCGGGAAGCGAAGAGCCGGGCAGGACGCUGUCCUCCGAUCAGCUCGCACCGAAAACCUCGCACGCGAGCGCAGGGACGCAGAAGAGGAGCGCGUCCGUCUACUCCCUGGACUCUCCUCGCAGCGAGCCCGGCUGCUCCGUCCAGCUCGGCGGGGACAAGAUGGAGGCGGGCGACACGGUCUGCUCCUUCUCGUCAGAGAUGGACCCGGACGUCCAGCUGGUCCUCCAGGAGUGCUCGAUGGUCCCUCCGAGCGCUAACAGACCGACGGCGUACUUCGGGAACGGCUCCCUGAUGGAGGCUCAUUCUCCGACCAACAGGGCCGAGCUCGACCUCAGCGUCACGUGGACCAAACAGUCAAAGAGUCACAUGACCUUUGCUCCUUUUCACCAGAACGAGAACGUGGACGGCGACGCUUUUGGUCUGAAGCUGGUCAGCGUCUCCGGCUCGACCUCCACCGACUGCCAGCUGUCCGAGGGCAGCAACUCUGCGUUCGAGUACGAAGACGGUGCAGACAUGGUGAACUACGCCCUCUACAGGGAGCAGCCGGGUCAGACGGGCGCCGGUCCCCGGGGAAAACGCUUCGUCUGCUCCGUCUGCAACGGGACCUACGCCACGGCUCAGAACCUCGCGGUCCACAUGCGGAUCCACACGGGCCAGAGGCCGUUCAGCUGCGAGCAGUGCGGCAAGAAGUUCACCCAGUCGGCUCACCUGAAGUCGCACAUGAGCGUUCACACGGGCGAGCGGCCGUACGCCUGCUCGCACUGCUCCAGGAGCUUCGUCAUCAAGUACAGCCUCAAGUUACACAUGAGGAAAUGUCACCCCGACGUCCCGACACCUGCAUCGCCUCAGGUGAUCUGGACUGUUCUCAUUGUGUUUAUUAAGAUGUCCCCGGCGGCUGCUUUCCACGCACAGCUCGCCUCCAUCGUGGAGGUGUUGGCCAACACGGCGGUGGCGGAGAUCUGCGAGCUGGUGGACAGCGAGUACUCGGUGCUGCAGCUGGAGAUCUCCCGGAGCCGCAAAGAGAACGACGUGCUGCGGAGAAAGCUGCGGCUCAUGGAGCUCCGAGCCGCCCGGGCGACCGCCCUGCGCGCCGCGGCUACCGCGAGCGGCACCGCGCUGCCACUCGGAAGCGGCCGCGCUCGAGCUCAGUGGCCCGCUCAUCAUCACCCUGGCAACGUGCCGAGGAGGAACGGAACACCUAAAGGUGAGCUGGUGCUGUGCAGAGCACCUGCUCAGACACUGCGGUGUGAAGACAUCGAUCCAUCCUCCGGACGGGGCGCCACACAGGGGACGCCGGCUGCAGGUGAGACGGCCAAACCGACGACCGCGGUCAUCAAAGUGGAGGACGACGAUGAGACCUGGGGCUGCUCUGCUCAGGACACAGAUCUUAUUCCUGUUGUUGACGAACAGACGACAGACGCAGAAGCUCCGCCCCUGCUGACUAAACAGGAAGUAACGGAGGAAGGUGGCGGUUCUACUCGAGCUUGGGCGAGCGAGGAAGUCAGCUCCACUUCAGUGUGCGUCCAGAAUACGACAAACACCAGCCAGAGUUUAGAAACCGGCAGCUUCGACUGUGUGAUGUUCGAGCCACAGCUUCAGCACGGCUCAAUGAGUACCCAGAAUCCUUUGCCAGAGGAUCCCAGCUGCUCGUACGCGUCGAACACCAGAGGGAGAGUUUCAGCUGCGUCCGAUUCGGGCAGCGUUUCUUUCACCGUCGGGGAGCUGAGCCCGCCGGUGGCAGAGUGCAGACAGCCUGCAGGCUUACAGAACAACCAGCAGAUGGCGCUGCAGCUUCCUGCGAGAAAAGAGACGAGAGAGAGGCAAAGUGCUUUCCUCAGACGGGACCGGUGGAGACAUCUGGACGCCGCGAGCAGGGUGUCCAGUAACAGCGGGGAGGACAGCGCGGGGAAAACGUUUGUGUGCAACUACUGCGGGAAAACUCUGGCCUGCCUGAAGAACCUGAAGACCCACAUGAGGGUCCACACGGGCGAGAAGCCGUACGUCUGCAUGCUCUGCGGAAAACGCUUCUCCGACCCCAGCAACCUGAAACGCCACCAGAGGGUGCACACGGGAGAGAAACGCUACAACUGCGUCCACUGCGGCAAACGCUUCGCCCAGUCGGGAUCCCUGAAGGUCCACAUGAGCGUGCACACGGACUGCAAGCAGUUCAGGUGCUCGCACUGCGGCAAGACCUUCAUCUCCAGCAGCCACCUGCGCCGCCACGUCACCACGCACGCUGAAGAGAAUAGAUUAACGCUUUAGUGACAAAGGUGGGAUUAUGGGAAAUGGUGUUAAAUCCUACAGGAGCUACCCGUGUAGGAGAUAAUGAAAUCAACAUGAACAGGACUUCUUCUUUUACUCAUAAGACGUAACUGAUAUGUGGUUUUUUUUUCUUGUUGGUUUCGAUGACAGCAAAUAAACUUUUUUCCAGCUAGA